ACUUCGGCCUUGAAGGCAGCGCUGUUUCAACUUGCAAUGCUUGGUUGUCGUGCCUUUAAAUUGCUGAAAGCACCUGUUCUGGGGUGCAGGGUACUCAGCACGUCAUCAUUUCGUGCCCAGCGAGUUUUCAAGGAACCGUUUCUCAACGGCACAUCGUCAAAUUAUUUGGAGGAUAUUUACCAAGCAUGGUUGGAAAAUCCUUCAAGUGUUCACAAGCAGUCUUGGGAUAUUUAUUUUCGACGUGUGGCAGCAGGCGCAGCUCCCGGAGAAGCAUAUAUCCCACCACCUACCCUUGGCCGUAGCUCAAUUGCUGCUCAAGGUGUCAGCGUAUCAGCGCAACCCGAUAUAAAGACAAUUGAAGAUCAUUUGGCUGUCCAGGCUAUAAUCCGAUCUUACCAGUCGAAACUAUUAGCAUCAGCUCCUCGAAUACUUGCCGGACGGUAUGGUGUCGGAUAUAAACGGCCGCUGGGGAAAAUAUCCAAAGUGCUACUCAAAGCCGGAACGUCUGCUUGCGGUGCAACCCAGCCAACCUCAUCCAAGCAUUGGAUCUCUGAUAGAACCGUGUCUUUGCUGGAGAUUCGGCGACAAAUUCCACCUGGUCGCCACCACGACUCGGCUCGGCGGAUCAUCCGACGCCAGGUGAAACUCAGUGUCCGCGCACACCGAGAAGCUUGGCAGACCCGAAAGAUCGAAGAAAUGGAAGGUGUUAGUUUGACACCUGUUGUGACAAGGUUUGUGGCACCACUAAUUCUUCGUCGUCUUACGGUGGCACGUGAAGCCUUGAUUCGUGAGAAUCAAGCGGGAUUUCGACCGGGUAGAGGCUGCGUUGAUCACAUCUUCACACUCCAUCAGGUGUUAGAGCAACGCCACAUGUACAGGCGACCCACAAUUCUGGUAUUGCUUGACUUCAAGGGUGCGUUUGAUUCUGUUGAUCGAUCAGUGCUGUUAACUACACUUGCUCAACAGGGUAUGCCCCAGAAGUUUGUAAACAAAAUCCGAUCCCCAUAUCCACAUAAUUCUUGGCGGUUGAGAUUGUAUGGUGAGCUCUCCAAAAGUUUUCCUACAAAAAGUGGUGUCAGACAAGGAUGUCCACUCUCUCCAUUUUUAUUUAAUUUCGUCAUUGAUGAAGUAAUGAGGCGACCACUGGACGGUCUUCAAAACCUCGGUGCUCAAAUUGUUGCUGGUGAGUGUCUUGUCGAUUUGGAGUACGCAGAUGACAUCGCCCUCAUCUUUGAAGACCUUAGCGAAGCACAAGCCCUGUUGAAUAAAAUGACCGCCAUCAUGCCAUCUUUCGGAAUGUGCCGUGCACCUUCAAAGUGCAAAGUCCUGUUUCAGAACGUGCCAUCUACGAACAUAUCCUUUACAACUCAAGGAGAACCACUGGAAGUUGUGGAAAACUUUACAUACCUCCGUAGCUUUAUGAGCUCUGACGGAAAUGUGUCUGAUGAAGUCAGUGCAAGAAUCUCAAAGGCUCGAAUCACGUUCGCUAAUUUGCGUCACUUGUGGCGUCAAAAAGGCAUCUCACUAGAUCUUAGGGGUCGUGUGUACCAGGCUACAUCCCUAGGUCACAGGUCUGCAAGGCUUGAUCCACUGGGAAUAUUAUCGGCCGACUUGGAUGACACCAUACCUCCAGAAUUGUCGUUGAGUUUUUACAACCUGGGCGAACCUGACUUGGAUAAAACCUUUCUUCUUCCACCCACCACCUAUAUUGGUGGCGACAAAAAUGAAUUGACUCUACGUGAAAUAAUAAAACGUUUGGAGGACGUUUAUUGCCAACACAUCGGCGUCGAAUUCAUGUUUAUCAACAGUUUGAACAAGUGCGACUGGAUUAGGCGAAAAUUUGAGACGCCCGGUCAUCUUUCAUUCACACCAGAAGAAAAACGUCUAAUUCUCGCACGCCUUAUUCGUGCCACACGAUUCGAAGCGUUUUUGGCGAAAAAAUGGAGUUCUGAAAAGAGAUUUGGUAUUGAAGGUUGUGAAAUGUUAAUUCCUGCAUUGAAGACUGUAAUCGACACUUCUUCCUCUCUGGGCGUGGACAGUUUCAUAAUCGGAAUGCCCCAUCGAGGCCGAUUGAACGUGUUGGCUAACGUGUGCCGCAAACCACUGGAGGAUAUUUUCUGUCAGUUUGAUUCACGCCUCGAGGCAGCUGAUGAAGGUAGCGGAGAUGUGAAAUACCAUCUUGGAAUGAGCCACUCCCGCAUUAACCAUAUGACUCAAAAGACCAUUAAUUUGGCUGUUUGUGCCAACCCGAGUCACUUAGAGGCUGUGGAUCCUGUCGUGCAAGGCAAAACAAAGGCGGAACAGUUCUAUCGUGGCGACACUGAAGGCAGAAAGGUUAUGUCAAUCCUCCUACACGGUGAUGCUUCUUUUUGUGGUCAAGGCGUCGUCUUUGAGACGUUCCAUUUGAGUGACCUGCCUUCGUACUCGACCCAUGGUACGAUCCACAUUGUUGUGAACAAUCAGAUCGGCUUCACCACAGAUCCCCGAAUGGCCCGUUCUUCACCCUACUGCACUGAUGUUGCUCGGGUCACUAAUUCGCUGAUACUGCACGUCAAUGCAGAUGAUCCGGAGGCGGUAACCAGCGUGAGCAAAGUGGCAGCUGAGUGGCGUUCGGAAUUCAGCAAAGACGUUGUAAUCGAUUUGGUCUGCUAUCGCCGAGCCGGACACAACGAAAUGGAUGAGCCCAUGUUUACCCAGCCACUUAUGUACAAGCGUAUCAAGCAACAACCCACGGUUCUGGACCAAUACAGUAAAAAGUUGAACGCAGAAGGCGUUGUGACAGAAGAUGAGUACAAGGCUGAAAUCGAAAAGUACGACAAGAUAUGCGAGGAUGCUUAUGAGCUAGCGAAAAAACAAACUGUCACCUAUAAUCGCUCUUGGCUGGACUCACCAUGGCACGGGUUUUUUGAAAAGAGGGACCCGAUGUUUUUACCUGACACUGGCGUCGAGGUCUCAGUGUUGGAACAUAUUGCGCGUGCAAUCAGUGAGCCUCCUGAGGGGAUGACCAUCCACCCAGGUUUGAAGCGAACAUUACGAGAGCGACAUGAACUUAGCGAACAGCACAUGGCUAACUGGGCUUUGGGAGAACUUUUUGCCUAUGGAUCGCUCCUGAAAGAGGGAUGCCAUGUUCGACUGUCCGGGGAGGAUGUAGAGCGUGGAACGUUCUCUCAUCGUCAUUCUGUUUUGCAUGACCAGAACGUGGACAAGAAGACUUACGUUCCACUCAACCAUCUGUUCCCCUCUCAAGCCCCAUUCACCGUGUGUAACUCCAGUCUCUCCGAGUACGCUGUAAUGGGUUUCGAACUGGGCUACUCGUUGACCAACCCAAAUGCUCUUGUUAUAUGGGAGGCUCAGUUUGGAGAUUUCGCUAAUGUUGCUCAGUGUAUUGUGGAUCAGUUCAUUUCUUCCGGACAACAAAAGUGGGUACGACAGUCUGGGUUGGUUCUACUCCUUCCACAUGGAUACGAAGGAAUGGGUCCAGAACAUUCCAGUGCUCGCAUCGAGAGAUUUCUCCAAAUGUCAAGUGAUGAUGAGCAUCAUGUGCCAGUGUUCACGGACCACUUUGCGAUGCAGCAACUACAUGAGACAAACUGGAUAGUGGCAAUCUGUACUACCCCGGCCAACCUUUUCCACAUUCUUCGCCGUCAAAUACUUUUGCCAUUCCGUAAACCAUUGAUUUUGUUCACUCCGAAGUCGUUGCUGCGUCAUCCUGACUGCAAAUCACCGUGGGCAGAUAUGCUACCGGGAUCAGAAUUCAAGCGCUAUAUUCCCGAAUCUGGUGACGCAGCGCAAAACCCUAAAGCCGUGAAAAAAUUAAUCCUUUGCAGUGGAAAAGUGUAUUACGAUCUGGUGAAGCAGCGCAACGCCGUCGGACUUGCCUCAGAUAUUGCCAUUAGUCGUGUAGAGCAACUGACUCCGUUCCCGUACGACCUACUCAAAGCUGAUCUGGAGCUCUAUCCCGAAGCACGCGUUGAAUGGGUGCAGGAAGAGCACAAGAACAUGGGUGCAUGGACUUAUGUACAGCCGCGAGUGAACCAUUUGAUCGAGAUCGCCUUUGCAGACCGCCUUCACAAACGCCUUACCUACACUGGCCGUCAAGCCAGCGCUUCCACUGCCGCAGGUCACAAUGCAGCACACUUGAUGGAAAUGUCUCUAUUUAUGAAGCAAGCUCUCACUGUGAGCUAAGGGUUUCCUCCCCUCUAGCCGAUUGAAAUAAAUCCGUUUGUGUUAGGCGUACUAUUGUCAUCAUCCCCUCACCACAACUACUCCCUUCUGCACGUUGUAAUCGUCUUGACUGUCUUUCGACUGUGUUUCGAUUCUUCCGGCUCGUUUGAUUUCGGCCUGCCAAUUGCAUCUACCUUCUAAAACCCCCCGGGUGGUUCAUUCCUACUCACUCGUCUAUGUCUUAGCUCAUUUCCCGAGUUUGUAUGGUUCGCAUUUCGCUCGCUUCCACCAACACAAACAGGCCGUUGAAACAGCAUUUGUGUAGUACAUGUUUUUCUAGAAAACUAUCUUGGUUUAGUCCUCUUUUUUGUUUCAAGUACGACCAAUUCUUUACGUUUCGUUAACUCACUUCCCUGUUACUGUAAUAAUGUAUGUGAUGAGCUCAUCUCCGAUGGAGAAAAAUCCUGAAAGUUACCGAUAGCACUA